AAAAAAUAGAAGCACUCCAACACAAAAAUAGAAACCCAUUUCGUAAGAAUUUCCAUUUUUGUACCAGUUUCAUGUUUUCUUUUUCCUUUUAGAAUCAAAAGGAGAAAGGCAAACAUGAACUCUAUCUUUAGGGUUUCUUGGUACUCUCUCUCUCUCUCUCUCUCUCUCUCUCUCUCUGUGUUUUUGUUUGUUUGGUUGUUUGCUUAGUGAGAAAAUUUUUUCCUUCAUUUUUCGGGGAAAAUGGGGAGAGGUAGGGUUCAGCUAAGGCAGAUCGAGAACAAGAUUAGCAGGCAAGUAACGUUUUCAAAGAGAAGAACUGGUCUGCUAAAGAAAGCUCACGAGAUCUCAGUGUUAUGUGAUGCUGAGGUAGCUUUGAUUGUUUUCUCUAACAAAGGGAAGCUCUUUGAGUACUCAACUGAUUCGAGCAUGGAAAGGAUCCUAGAUCGCUAUGAACAACAAUCAAAUGCAGAGAGACAGCUUGUCCCAACUGGUUCUGAAUCACAGGGAAACUGGUCUUUGGAAUGCCCCAAACUCAUGUCAACUAUUGAAGCUUUACAAAGGAACUUGAGGCACUUCCUGGGAGAAGAGCUUGAUCCCUUGAGUCUAAGGGACCUGCAACUUUUGGAACAACAAAUUGAUACUUCUCUGAAGCGCAUACGAACUAGAAAGAAUCAACUCAUGCAUGAGUCCAUUUCAGAGCUGCAGAAGAGAGAAAGGGCACUACAAAACCAGAACAACAUGCUAGCCAAAAAAAUACAGCUCAAAGAAAAUGAGAAGACACAGACUGAGCAUGCACAAUGUGAGCAGCAAAACCUUUCCCAAAACUCAUCAUCAUUUAUACAACCACCACCAGCAACAAUAGAGUUUCCUUCUUUGACCAUUGGAGGGAGUUUCCAGGCCAUAGAAGGUGCAAACAAGGAGGCUGAGACUCAACCCCAGCCUAGUACAAAUACUGUAAUCCCGCCCUGGAUGCUUCGCCAUGUAAACAGAUAGCUGAGACCAGCAGGAGCUGUUCAAGGCGAACAUCUCAAGCUAUGUUUUAUAGGGUGAGAGUACCCAGCAUAUAUGCCAUGGCAAAAUUAAGUUCCAAUGCGAUGAGAAAACUCUAAGUUGUCUAUUUGAAACUCAAAAAUACUGUUUUUGAGACUGCAUCCUGGGGUCCCAGUAGAAAUAUAUAGUAAAGAGGUAAGACUAAAUAGCAUUGCUUAAAGCAAUUAUGUGACCAGGAAUAUGCAAAUGUCCACUGGCAAGCAUAACUCUGUGGCAGCUUCAACCUGUAAUUUUGCACUUUGAUCAAACGCUCAUUGGCUUCUAUAUUACAUUUUCA